GGCAAAACUAUCUCAAAGAUAAGAUGACACACAGCCCAAAGCAUUAUGGGUCUAUUACCUCUCCGCACUGCAGGGAUAACGCAGAGGGGACCUUCAGCCCUGGUUCCCACGGCGAGACUUUAUUAUUUCCGUUUUUAGUCGAGAAUCAGCGCCAACCAUGGAGUACCGGAUGGUGAUUAUGUACGUGGAGAUCGGCUGCUUUGUAACCAGCCUGUGCGGCUGGAUCCUGGUGUGCUCCACUCUUCCCACCGAGUACUGGACGUUCUCUGAGGUGAGCAGCCUCGUGCUGACAACCGCCAACUACUACUCCAACCUGUGGAGAGACUGCAUCUCGGACACGACGGGGGUCUCCGACUGCAAGGACUACCCGUCCAUGUUGGCCCUGCCUGUGCACAUGCACGCGCUCAGAGCACUGGCGGUCUCGGCCGUGAUCACAGGAUUCUUUGGAAGCGUCCUCACGCUGGUCGGGAUGAAAUGCACCAAAAUUGGUGGGACAGAGAUUACCAACGCAAGGGUGACGUUUUCUGGUGGUAUAACCUACUUAGUUUCAGGUUUCUGUGGGAUGAUAACAUACUCCUGGUGGGCUAACAGAGUCAUAACACAGUUUGUGGAUCCGAACUUCAAGUCCCAUAAAUUUGAACUGGGUGCUGCUGUUUUCAUUGGCUGGGGAGGAUCCAUCCUGCUCCUUAGUGGGGGAACGGUGCUCACUUACUUCUCAGGAAAAGAAGGUCUACCAAAAAGUUUAUCAAAAGGCCCACGGAGGCCGGCUUCUUAUGCUGCCGUCCGCACCAGACAGACGUACAUGCGGCCGCCGUCGUCCAGAGUGACGCUGGUGCCGCCGCUGUAUUACUCAGAUGGGAGGAGUCAAACAACCAGAGGGGCAGGAAGAACCACUCCCAUCGAGAACCGGGACACCUUCGUAUGA